UUCACUCUCGGACGAACCUCGCUCGCGGAUUGACGCCGCGCCGAGACGUCAGUCGGUGUCGCGUCCCCGGGGCAUUGUUGAUCGGCAUCAAGGGCGCGGGAGCAGGUGUAACAAAGGCGGGCGGUUAAAAAUACCCUCGACUCAGGGACGCUGGGCCACGGGAGCUCGCGUCCAGGGACGCCCCGGUGUGCCCACCGUCGCGACGUGACGCAAACGUCACGCCGUAGCCAGCGCGGGCGACGACUGUCGAUUGGUAUAUAAACAAUAGGAGUGCGUUAAUUGUACGGACACCUGUCGAACUGUCAGCGGGACAAACGCUUUGUAUCGAUCCGUCGUAAUAAUGGUAUAUUGGCUACCGAAGAAACGUUUCGUGAGAAGGAACGUUAUCAAAGGAUUGUUCACGCACACAAUGUAUAAUCCCAUGCAUUAUUACUUCUUUUAAAUUGCCCAUCUUAUGCCCAAACGUUGCUUAAGAUAGUAAACAGUAAUACAGUAUCUCAUAACAAGUUUGUGGAAUUAAGUUUGCUCGAAGAAGGGACUUGCGACGAGAAAGCACUGUAAAGACACAGUAAACCACUAACAAGUCAUGAUGUCGAUGUACCUACUAUUAUCGGCGAUAAUACCGAUCGUCAUCCUUGAGAUUUGGUACACGGGAAUAUGUUUAACUUGGACGAUGAAGAUAUCUGUGCUGAUAUACCUCAUUAUAUUUGGGCUUCUACCUGUAAUUUUUCAUUAUUCUUAUACCCUGCAAAAAAAGAUACUCUUUUUAAAUUUUGUACACUGGCCACUUAAAAUCGACUUUUCCAAUCCAAAAUUGGUUGGACUGGAAGGUGCUAGGAAUUUUUAUUUGCAUACCGACCAGCAAGUGAAGAUAGGUGCAUGGCAGAUAUUACCACGAUCUUUAUUAAAUGAUUCCAUUCCUGCGACAGAUGAAGCUUACGAAGCAGUGUUAAAUAAUGCCAAGCAACCUGUGUUUCUAUACAUGCAUGGAAACAGUGGCAACAGAGCAAGUUCGCAUAGACUGGAACUUUAUAAACUUUUCCAAGACCUAGAUUAUCAUGUUUUAUGUUUUGAUUAUAGAAGCUAUGGCGAUAGUGAUGCAGUUGAGCUCUCCGAGGAAGGUGUAGUCAUGGAUAGUAAAUAUGUUCUUGAAUGGGUGAUGAAGAAAGUGAAUGGUUCAGCUCCGGUGUUUGUAUGGGGUCACUCUUUAGGAACCGGAGUUUCUACGCAUGUAUUAGCUCUGCUGGCGGCUGAAAACAUACAACCAACAGCAUUGUUUCUGGAAGCACCGUUCAAUAACAUACAAGAUGAACUAACGGAACAUCCAUUUGCACGGGUAUUCAAGCACUUACCAUGGUUUCAUUGGAUGGCUGUUGAACCAUUUUAUACGAAUAAUCUACGUUUUGAGUCUGAUAAGCAUAUUACUAAGAUUGACUGUCCCAUUAUGAUAUUACACGCUGAAGAUGAUGGCGUAAUUCCAGUUUUUCUGGCAGAAAAGCUUUAUCAAACGGCAUUAGAUAGUUUUGGAAGUAAUACAACCCGCAUCCAAAUGAUAAAAAUCGAUUCAUCCUACGGACUUGGACAUAAAUACAUCUGUAGAUACAAGGAGUUGCCUAGUAUAAUUAAGACAUUUGUCGUCAAAACAAACGGAAAUCGGACUGAAUAACCCUGAAUAAUCCUAAAUUAAACAAUUAAACCUGUACAUUAUUUCGUAAAAACUUAUGUUAUAAAAUUCAUAGUCAGGAGCUAUUUUAUUUACAUACGAAAAGUAAUACGUUUAUAUAGGUUUAGAAUGUCUAGUGAAAGAUAAAAUAAUCGAAGGAGAUACAUUUUAAUACUCUUUCGAGUUUUUUAUUCUUAGGAAACUCGUGACAAAACUUCUCUGUUUUUUUGAAUAUAUUUACCAAAAAAUAUUCUAGUAUUACAAUUAUAUGUACAAUGUGAAAAAGCUGUGAUGUCAAACGCUUAAAUCGUGCACUUGACUUUUAUGUAUAAAGUUUAUUUACAUUGAUCAGUUAAAAUUUAUUUAAAUAGCAUAUAAACUUUUUAAAUGUGGUAUUAUGUGGUGUACAUAAUACAUCUGCCUCAUGUAUUAACAUUCCUUUAUUUCAUGAAGAGACAUACUCAAAAAUAUUGUAAGAACUGUCUGUUAAAUAAAUGGAAGUGUGCAUUGAUAAUGAA